AUGGCUGAAAAUUUGGGUUGGUAUGAGAUUGCCGACCUAAUGCUUAAAUAUUUUGAUCUUCCAAUGGUUUCGGAUAUUUACAACAUGACAGCAGAUUCAUAUUACGACACUGCUAAAUCACUUAAAAAAUAUUGUUCAUCUGAGAUUCUUGAAGAAGCUCGGGAUUAUCCUAAAUUUGGCGACUGGUGCCGGUAUAUCACACGUUUCAGCACUUGUUCGAUUGCUCCACAUCCAAGUGAAUUUUUUGGAACUGUUAUCUCAGCCCCGCAUAAUGUUACGCCUGUUACUGCUACAGUGCACACUGCUCCUGCCUUCAGAAAUCUCACAGAUUGUUAUGACGACUACUUUUGCGGAAAACCUUGGAAUGCCAACCUUUUUUACACUCUAUAUGGAAUCGUCUUUGCUCUACUCUGCUCAGCUGGUCUUCUCCUCAACUUUGCUUGUAUGGUUGGUUUUAACAGAUCGACGAAUAGAUGUGGAGCCACGCUUUACUUUACAGUGAUUGCAUUACUUGACUGUCUCUAUUUGGCAUUCACACUACCACUGAAAACAGCUGUCCAUUUGAAUGGCGUUAGCUUUUCCGAUCAGACAACUGCUUAUGCUCAAAGGGCCGCCUAUCUUGUACCUGUUGCUGUACCGUUUACAGUCUUCUUUGAGGUUUCUUCGGUCUGGUUGACAAUUUGUCUGCUAAUGGAGAGAUAUCUCUAUCUUCGGCGAGGUUAUUUCUCAAAGUCAGUGACUUCAAUUCGAAUCCAUGUGCGGAUGAUCUCUGUGGUCCUGUUGCUCUCCUUCUGCUACAUAAUUCCACGAUUCUUUGAAUUUCGAAGUGUACCGAAUUCAGAGAUUCCCAAUGGGUACAAAGUGGUCUUCACAUCCAUGGGAAACAGCUCGCUAUAUAGAUCAGUUGGCUCUUUCUACUUGGCUGCUCCGACACAUCAGUAUUCCAUACUGCUUGAGCAGAGCCUAGUGGACUACCUGCUCAACAUUCCAGUUGAAAUGUUUCUUCCCUACCUCGGCGUUGGAAUGCUAACAAGUAUGGCAGUUUCCAAGAUGGUCGACCUGGGUUCAUCAAAGUGGAAAACUGUAACGAAUCUCUGUUCUUACUCGACCUACUGCUGUUGUGGCGACGACUUUGCAAACUGCUAUCCGUUCACAAAAGCUAAAAAAGACCGCAAUAAUGAUGCCAUUGAAGAACCUGAUCUAGAAAGCCCAAAUAAUCCAUCAAACGACAACUUCGAUUGCCCCAGUCUGUCGACAUUUGAAGACAAGAGACUGCCAAAGGUAUCAAUCGCGGGUAACAAUCAAGUAUUAUACUGCGGGAUCCCCUUUGAAAAGAGAUCAGAUCUCAUGCCGUUCUACUUCUUGGUACCUCCGCCUAGACAGACUCUCAAGGAGACUGCUAAUGUCGUCAUCACGGUCUGUUUGGGCUUUCUCCUGUUAAUCACAAAGAUUCCAAAACUAAUUCUACUCGCAUUGGAAUUGGAGAGGUAUGUGGAAUUGAAUCCGGUGUACACGGAAAUGGCAAUUGAGUGUCUGAGUAUAACAUUCAUUGUACUGAAGCCAAUGAUUUACUUGAUAUUCGGCGUGCACUUUCGACAUGCACUUACGGGUCUAUGUUGCUGCGCUUGUCUCUAUACUCCAGUUAUCCAUGGAAAUGGUGCCAACGGUCGUAAAGGUCCUCAAGAAGGUGAAAGCGAUGCUGAAGGAGAAAGUAUGAUGGGGGAGAUGGAGUGA